AUGGCUACCGCACAAACCGUUGCUUUCUCUGAUGUCGAGCCGGCCGAAGGGCGCAAAUUUCUGAGCAAGCAUCGGAAUGUUCAACUGCCGCUUCAUACUUUUGUGAGUUAAACGCGAAUAUCAAAUGAUUUUUUAUAAAAUCUUGUCUUCUACAGGAAGACCGAGAAAACCCGUCGGAAUUCGUUCCGUUCACGCCAAUUCAACAAGCUUUGCGGUAGAUACGCUAUUCAUAAUUUCUAAAUUAAAAUUAAAGUUUUCAGAGACAACCACAACCAAAGUACGGAAACUUUAGGACCGCAACGAGUCGUCAAGUUCCGUAUUUACUUGACGAGAGUCGAGAACAACGCAGUUCCCGGUUAGUCCUUUAUUUUGUUUCGAUGACUCAUUUCUACAAUGUUUUUUUCAGAGAAUGGAGUAGAGCUGAAUAUUGAGUCUGGAAAGACGGCCAACUCGAAGACGUUGCUCUAUUUGCUGGCAAAAGAGUACGAGAUUGACGUGGAUGCGUUCGAGGAAAUGUUCGCCAUUUGGAUGAUUUCACCGCUUCUCGGUAUUUACUUUAGAGCAUUUAGCAAGUAAUACAAAGUGUUCGUUUUCUCAGAAGUCCAACUCAAACCGUACCAUCGUCCGUAUGAGUGCCGUCACGGUUGGAAGACUCUUCUGGAGCGCUUCGCCGAUGACGUCUCGCCCCAGAUGAUUGUGCAGGACGAACCGAUUCUGAUGUUGAGGCGGAAUGCGAGUCUGACCAGCGAGAGACAAUUCGAGGUGAGAGAGAAGAGGAAAAGACCUUGAAAGGGAAUUAGAGGAGGCCACUUGCGAAAUGAUGCUAACGUUCCGAAAUUUAAAUGACACUGUUCAAAAUUCACGUCAACAUUAUAUAAUAAAACUACGAAAAACGUGAAAAAGGGGGUUUCACGUGGAUUAUAUUCAAGUGGAAGUUCCACUGUGGAACACCUCAGGCAGGCAAAACUUCGCGCAAAUAAACUUGUAAACGGGCACAUCUCACGUAAACAUUGAAAAAAAUGAAACUUUUCACAAGCUAACUCACUAGUUCCGCAUCUUCUGACGUCAUCUGUUUAUGUUUAUGGGGUUAUUCAGGCUGUGAAAAAAUAUUUGUUCUCCGUUUUUUGUUUUUUUUUACGUCAAAAAAUCCAAUUCAGCGAUGUAAAAAAAAGAAAAAAAACGGUAAACAUACGCUGAAUAGCCCCAUUAAGCUAAUCCGCAGAAAAUGCACAAAUCUGCGGCCGACAUUCGAGAAUUCCAGACGUAUUUUCCAAAUUUCCUGCCGAUCUGCGAAAGCAGGCUUCAAAUGUCGGCGGUAACAUUGGAGAACACCCUCGAAACGUUCGGAAGAGAGCUUCCGGACUCAGGUAACUUUCGGCAAGGGUUCGGCAAGAAAGCAGCAGUUUGCUUCCGUAUUCGGCAGUUUGUUCCUAAAAACGGCUAAUUUGCCGACAUGACUGGUACAUCGAAAAUGACUGGUACAUUGCCGACAUGACUGGUACAUCGAAAACUAAAAUUUGAACUUCCGCCGACGGUCGAUUGCGUAGCGCCCCUAUCUUAAAGCAUUAGGCCAAAGCAAAAUUUUUGAAAAUUUCAUUAGCGCACUUGCGCCAGUGUACCCCGCCACGAUUCUGUGGCCGAUAGCAUGGAUCGGCAAGGGAUCGGCAUUAGUUCGGCAAGGGGCAGCAGCGGGCAGCGGAAGCACUGAGCGGCCGGCAGUCGUCAACAAGCAGCAAGAAAUCGGCAAGAAGCGGCAAAGGGAAGCAAGGCUUAAUCGGCAGGCCGAUUUUUGCAGCAACCUGCCGAAAAUUACCUGAGGAAUGGAACUGCCCCGAAAUGGAACUGAAAUACUGCCACAGUUCCAUUCUGAGAUGCUCUCAUUUGGAACCGUGGCUAAAAGUGGUCUCGAUUGCGAAAUGUCCGUUCAAACUUACGGGAUAGAACCUUUCUUGCAGCUGCUCGACCACUACCCACAAUGCGCUCGUUUCCUGAUAAUCGAUGCGCGCGAGAUGCUCCUGCUCGGCCGUCUUCAGUUUCUUUCGCUCGAGGACACCAUUCUCGUGGCCGCGCUUCUCUUCUGUCUGCAGUACGGAAACCAUCAGGAGCGCGUGCACGACGUCGUGUUCAUCAGAAGUCAUCUGGAGGAGAUUCUUCCGGAACGUACCUGCGAGUCGAUCGCCGCCAAAACUUUCUUCGGGAAGUCUAUCAAUAAGAAAACGUGAGUGACCAUUAUUUAUUUUAUCAAACCUUCCGUCGGUCAUGAACGGAAGAAACUGGAAAACAACACAUUUUCAAAAACUGGUAAUGAUAGCAUAACAUUUUCAGACCUCAAGAAGAGCGUCUUCUCAACAGCUGGAAAUCGUGCACGGAACUCGGAAGCGAGGCGGAAAAAGAACACAAACUGUUGCUCACUCUGACCCAAAAUUCGAGUUGCUACGGAGCCGCGUGGUUCAGCGCACGUAUCGAGAAGAAGACGUCGCGCGUCAGCGUGCGCAACUUUGGGCAAGGCUUCGCCGAAAUUAAAGUGAACAUUGGAAUCAACGAUCGUUGGCUGACGAUCGUCGACGCCGACUCUUCGGAGACCCUGCUCGUGCAGUCGAUCGAAGAGAUGUCGUGGCAGUUGGAGGCGUCGAAGGAGGAAGAGACGCCGUUCCUGAUUCUGAAUCUGAGCUGCGAAGAGUCAAACGUGACCAACGGGAACGGAGUAUCGAUUGAGAUCAACAGCGGCCAGGAGACGGCGUUCUUUUUGAUGGUCAUCGGAAAUCAGACACCUCUCAUCGACGCCCUUCUGAAGACGUUGACAGGGAGACGUCUCGAGAGAACUAUUUCAGAUGUAAUGCACUUAAAGUCAAUAUUCUUUAAUCGGUGUUCUCUUUUUCAGAGCAGCUCGUCGGAUUCGAGCACGAGCUCCGCCAGGCACGCCUCUCUGAUCCAAUCGAAAGUGGAGCUGAAAGACUGCUCGGCAAUGAACAACCGCAAACUGUGCCUGGCCAAAUUCGAGAACGGAAAGUGUACAGAAGUGGCGGGAAGCUUCAAAUCCUUCUACUGUCACGGCCAGACACUCUGA